CCUCCAGGUGUGCGUCUCCAUGGCGACCACUGUUUGUUUGUUGUUGGGGGUGUUCGUUGUGGUGGGUGUGGCCUUGAACCUGGACACGUCCUUUCCGGUGCUGAAGACGGGAGAGGACGGAAGUCUGUUUGGAUUGUCCGUGUCCCUGCACCAGGACCUGAGGACCAGAGGACACCUACUAUUGGCUGGAGCUCCCAGGGAUAAGGCGGAGCCUGAUGUAGCAGCCAAUAGGACAGGAGGAGUGUACAGCUGUCCCAUCAGCCUGGACCAAUCAGACUGCAGGAGGAUAAACCUGGUGGAUCCAGACCUGAACCCAUCUGAGGACCUGAUUGAGGACAUGUGGCUGGGUGUGGCAGUGGCCAGUCAGGGUCCACCUGGAGGGAGGGUCCUGGCGUGCGCUCAUCGCUUCAUUAAACUCUAUGGGGCGUUCCAUCUGAGGCACAUGAUUGGUCGGUGUUAUCUCCGUGGUAACGACCUGCAGUAUGAUGACAGUGACAUGCACUGGCAGAACCCAGACCAGGUGUGCAGUCACCUGGGUGAUGUCAGUGGUGAGGUCAUGUGCUCAGUGGGCGUGUCAGCGUCCAUAAGUCAGACUCAGGUGGUUCUGGGUUCACCAGGAAGCUACGACUGGCAAGGGAAUGUUCAUGUGUCCUGGUUGAAUCCAGACGUGCUCUUCCACACUCAGAGGAACUCGUUCCCAAACCUGGAGAGAAGGAACAUCUACAUGGGAUAUUCAGUGAUUCAGGCUGAGAGGCUUCUGUCACAGCAGGUGGAAACCAUAGUAACAGGCGCUCCUAAGGACAGUAAAGCAGACGCUCGUGGCUCAGUGAUGCUGGCGCUCAAACAUUUGGACAGACUGCUGAUUGGUCAGACGCUGCGAGGUGAACAGACGGGCUCGUACUUCGGAAACGCCGUGGCGGCCGCUGACUUGGACAAUGACGGGUGGAGCGACCUCCUGGUGGGCGCCCCCUUCUACUUCCACCGUCAGCAGGAAGUGGGUGGAGCCGUCUACGUCUACAUGAACGCAGGAGGGCGCUUUGACCCCCAGCCCAGUGUGGUCCUGCGAGGACCAGCGGGGUCGGCCUUCGGCAUGGCGGUCUGCGCCACCGGGGACCUGAACCAAGAUGGCUUCCAGGACUUCGCCGUUGGAGCUCCGUUCCAUGGAACAGGAAGUGUGAUGAUCUGGAGCGGCAGCGCAGAGGGCGUGUCCUCAGAGCCCAGUCAGGUGGUUCGUGGCAGCAGUAUCUCUCCUGCCUUCAGGACGUUCGGUUAUUCUUUGUCCUCUGGUUUGGACGUCGAUGGAAACAAAUAUCCAGACCUGCUGAUUGGUUCUUUGGACGACACCAUUGCUCUGCUGAGAACUCGUCCAGUCAUCCACCUCAACACAACGCUCACAGUUUCUCCAGAUGUCGUUGAUCCGCUCAACUGUGACUUCUGUGUUCAGGUGGAGGUGUGUUUCUCCUACAUGUUCAACACCAGAGACAGGAUGGACCGGGACAACAUCACUGUCCACUUCAUUGUGACUGCUGAUGUCACCAGCCUUCAGCCCCGCCUUCAUUUCCUUGACAACGGUCAGAGUGUGUUCUCAGGUUACGUGUCAAUGCCACAGAGUCAAUGUCAAACUGUGAGGGUCGGCCUUCAGAAUCCGAUCCGGAACCAAGUGGAACCUCUGGUUUUCUCCUUGAAUGUGUCCCUGCACGAGCAACUGCCCAAGAAGAGGAAGACGGUCCAGGACCUGGGACAGCUCCCGGUUCUGAGCCAGAAGCCCAGACCCAUCAGAACCCAGAUCCACAUCCAGAAGGCCUGUGGUUCCGAUCACCGUUGUCAUAGUAACCUGCAGAUGGCGGCCCACUUCACAGAUGAGAACCAGAACCCGUUCAUCAGGGUCAAAGGUCGUCAGCUGUUGGUCUACAAUGGCAGCGUCCACCUGCUGCUGCUGCAGGUCAACGUCAGCAACACACCGUCACCACGGCAACCGGCAGAAGACGCCCACAACGCCGUCCUGAGCGUCAGUGUCCCCCCAGGACUGGAGUACGCCGGAGUGCGAACACGGGUACCAGAACCAGAGACCAGAACCAGAGGGACCGGAACCAGGGUCCAAACACAGGGUAACCCUCAGAAGGUGUUGUGUUCUGUUGAUGACCAUGUUCUUCUGUGUGAGUUGGGGAACCCGUUCAAAAGCAAACAGAAGGUAAAU